GGCGGCAGGGCGUGGGCGGGGGCGAGGCGGCCGCGAGGGCAGGCGCCGCCUGACGGGCUCGGGUGCCGCGGCGGCACGCUGAGGGGGCGUCGCCGCCGCCGCCCGCCGCCGCCGCCGCGGGCCCCCUCCCCCCCACCACACACACACACACACACAGCACACACACACACAGACACACACAGACACUCCCCGGGCGCCGCGGCGGGAGGCCGCGCCCGCCAUGGCGGCCCGGGCGGUGCUGGACGAGUUCACGGCGCCCGCCGAGAAGGCGGCGCUGCUGGAGCGGAGCCGCGGGCGCAUCGAGGGCCUGUUCGGAGUGAGCCUGGCCGUGCUGGGCGCGCUGGGCGCCGAGGAGCCGCUGCCGGCGCGCAUCUGGCUGCAGCUGCGCGGGGCGCAGGAGGCGGUGCACAGCGCCAAGGAAUAUAUUAAAGGAAUCUGUGAACCUGAACUAGAAGAAAAAGAAUGUUACCCCAAGGCCAUGCAUUGCAUUUUUGUUGGGGCCCAGAGCCUGUUUCUGAAGAGCUUGAUUCAGGACACCUGUGCUGAUCUUUGCAUUCUGGACAUCGGGCUUCUUGGCAUCCGAGGAAGUGCUGAAGCUGUGGUCAUGGCUCGGAGUCACAUUCAGCAGUUUGUAAAGCUCUUUGAGAAUAAUGAGAACUUACCCAGCAGUCACAAAGAAUCAGAGGUAAAAAGGGAAUUCAGACAAUUUGUUGAAGCUCAUCCAGACUGGUACACGAUGGACUUGUUAAUUUUACCCACUUUGUUGAAAAAAGAACUUUUGGCACUCACACAAGGUGAGGACAACCUAUUUGAAACAGGAGAUGAUGAUGUUACUGAAAUUAGAGAUUCUGUACAAAGAGAGAUUACACAGAACAGUGCUGCAGGUCUGAAUAUUUCCAGUGAUGAGGUAGUUUUGCAGGAAGAUGCAAGAAGUAAAGCCGGAACUCCUGUUUCUGAGCUUACAAAACAAAUGGACACAGUUUUAUCCAGUUCACAAGAUGUACAUUUUGUUCCAGUAAAUGGUUUAACUCCAGAUGAAGAGGCGCUUUCCACAGACAGAGUUUGUCACAAAAGGAGAUUUUCUGAUUCUGAAGAAAGACAUACCAAGAAGCAGUUUUCAUUAGAAAAUAUACAAGAGGGGGAGCUUUUACAUGAUGGUAAGACACCAUCUGGAAGUGCAGGCAUUGACCUAUCUGAUUCUUCUGCUGAUCCUGAAAAUUUAAGUCCAGAUGUAAAAGACACUACUGAGGAAAUGGAAUAUAACAUCCUUGUGAACUUCUUUAAAACCAUGGGUUAUUCCCAAGAAAUUGUUGAAAAAGUUAUUAGGGAUUAUGGACCAUCUACGGAACCACUACUGCUCUUAGAGGAAAUUGAAAAAGAAAAUAAAAGAUUCCAAGAAGACACAGAAAUUUCACUGGGUACUAUAUAUACUGAAACUAAUAAAACCAAAAACAAAAGUGUUUGUGGCAGCAUAAAUGAGCUUAGAGCAGAUUCUACUCCAAAGAAAACUCUGUGUCACACACAGCAAAAUAUAGUAGAACGAUUUUCUCACUUACCAUUCAAAGCAGAAUCAAAACCAUGUACCUCAAAUUGCAAAAUCAAUACUAUCAGGACAGUGCCAAUAGAACAGAAGCAAGAAAUCUGGAGUUCAAAUCAGAACUACCCUUGUAACACAGACCUUGAAACUGAUGGUCUUUCACCUUCUGUUGCCUCUUUAAGUCCCAAAGAAGUCAAUUUUGUUUCAAGAGGAGCCUCAAGUCACCAAUCCAGAAUUCCAGCUUUCCCUGAAAAUGGUUUGCAGCAAGGAGACCCCUUGCUUCCAAAUAUGAAGUCUGCUUGUGAAAAUCGCUUGGGACAUUGUAGCUCUCCGCAGCCUAAGCCAAACUGCCCACCCCUUUCUCCGCCGAUGCCGCUGCCUCAACUGUUAUCUUCAGCUUCUGAUGCAAGGUUGGCAGGAACUUCUGAGCAUAUCGAUUCCUCAGUUACGGGGGUUCAAAGGUUUCGAGAUACUCUGAAAAUACCCUACAAGCUGGAAUUAAAAAAUGAACCAGGGAGAACAGAUUUAAAACACAUCGUUAUAGAUGGAAGCAACGUCGCAAUUACCCAUGGUUUGAAAAAGUUCUUUUCAUGUCGUGGAAUUGCUAUUGCAGUUGACUAUUUUUGGAAGCUUGGCAACAGAAACAUUACUGUAUUUGUCCCUCAGUGGAGAACAAGACGUGAUCCUAAUGUCACAGAACAGCACUUCUUAACUCAGCUCCAGGAGCUUGGAAUAUUAUCUUUAACUCCUGCACGGAUGGUCUUUGGGGAAAGAAUUGCUUCUCAUGAUGACAGGUUUCUGUUACACUUAGCGGACAAAACUGGUGGCAUAAUUGUAACAAAUGAUAACUUCAGAGAAUUUGUGACGGAGUCAGUGUCUUGGAGAGAAAUUAUUACAAAACGGUUGCUUCAGUAUACCUUUGUGGGUGAUAUAUUUAUGGUUCCUGAUGAUCCGCUGGGAAGAAGUGGGCCUCGCUUAGAAGAAUUUCUUCAGAAGGAAGGCACCCUUAGAGACAUGCAGCCCCUGCUCAGUGCCCUGCCGAGUGUGGGUAUGUUUGACCCUGGCUUCCGAAGCCCUGGAGCCCAGGCGGCCAGCACCAGCCACCAGCCUCCCGCCCGGAUCCAGGGCAGCCCGCCCAGCCACUGGCUCCCACAGCAGCCUCACUUCCCUCUGCUGCCAAACCUUCCCAGUCUCCAGCAGAACCUGCCCCUGCCGGCACAGAGAUCUUCCGCGGAGACCAGCGAGCUGAGGGGAGCCCUGCUGAAGAUCUUCCCGGACUCAGAGCAGAGGCUGAAGAUCGACCAGAUCCUGGCGGCUCACCCGUAUAUGAAAGACCUGAACGCGCUGUCUGCCAUGGUGUUGGACUGAAGGCUGUCAGGCGCCGGCGCUCAGGGCGGAAGGCCACACUCGAGCUAGUGUCUGCACGCGGCAGCCAGAAGUGAUAUAAUGUGAAGAAACCAAUUUCCAGUGGAAAUGCUGUUGUAGUAUAUAGAAGAAACAUGUUUUGUGUAUAAAAAAAAACAAAAAAAUCUGGAUUUUCAGAACCAGCUUUUUUCUAUAUAUAAAUUAUGCUGCUAUUACAGAUUUAACAUUUUCUGUAAAAGGAAAGUCUACAUUUUCUGCCUGUUCAGAACUGUUUAAUAGCAGUUAACUCUUGAGUGUAUUUACAUUUUUAUGUUUUUUAAACUAUUUUCCUGAAAGCUGAAAAUAUUGACAAAUGGAUAAAAUUAGCCUUUCUAAAUAAAAAAAAAAAAAGAGUUGCUUUCUUAGGGAAAGCAAGACCUCUUAAAGUAUAUUUUCUUGAGAUGACUAUGUCAUGUGCACUGACAAGAAGUGUACUCACCUCUCCAACCUCCUCCCCCCACGCCUCUGGGAUCAAGAGUCUGUGGGAGUCAGUUUUGCUUUCUUGAGGUCUUUCAUCGGAGCCAUUUGUGAGAGUGGACAGUGGUGCCACUAGAUGGCACCUUGUGCCUAGCCAUUACUGAUGACCAGGGCCUUCCGGAACGUCAGGGUCAAGAGAAAAUUUAGAGCCCGUAUACCCAGCCCUUCUCCCCGCCCAUUGCCCGAGGGGGAACUGAGGCUCAGCGUGCUUCCUGCCCGGACAUGCUCAAGUUCAUGCCGGGCAGUGGCACACACAUCCAGGACCCUCCUCACACUGCUCUGACGCCUCCCCACAUGCCAAGGCCUCGCUCGGCCCAGCCUGACUAGAAUUAUAGCUGAGUGUCUGAAGAUAGACGUGAACUUGACGGCAUUUAGCGGACAGCCCCAUUAUUGUGAAAACUUUGUCCCCAUAUGAAGUUAGUGCCGCUUUGUCAAAAACUGUUUUUAUAUUCUCAAGAAUGACCUAAGCCAAUAAAUAGCAUUAGUAGCUUCUGUGGGGGCCUAAAGCCCCAUAUUUAUUUUUUCCUGUGUUUGUAUCUUUAGUGCCCUAAGCAGCUCCCUCUGUAAGUCUUUUUCAGAAUUGGUAUCUGAGUAUUACCAGUUUUCAGUGUUCACCGUUUUCUGUCAUUGAAGUUCUUUUUCUGAGUAAUCAAUUCAUCUUUACUCUUCUCUGAACCUCCAAAGGGCUCUGUGCUUUCUACCUGUUCUCUCUCUAGCUGCUCACCAUCACUUCCAUGUCUGCCCUGUGGAUCUUGUGUCUCCUGACCCCCAGGCUCAGCUUCUGAGGACUUGGUGCUGGUUUGUACUCCCCAGUUGAUGGCACUUGGUUUGCUCGGAGCACAGCUGGGUGACUUUCUGGGAUGUUCUCUCCAGGUGCACUGACUCCCUCCGAGGAUGCAUUGCAGUCCCCCAGGUGGUCAGACUUGUUAGUUCAAUCAUAAAAAGUUGCAGUUUUCUCCUGGGUGCUUCAGAUGCAUCCUAUUAUGUAAGGGUUGUUUGGGGGCGGGUUGCACAGGUCACCCACUUGUGGAAAGGGGGUGGGAGACGUGAGGACGACCAGGAAGUGACUCAGUCACAGCCGGGUGCCUCAGCUUUGAAGCUGGUGGUUUUUUAAUGAUAGCAAAGAUGGGAAGGCUUCUUUUUCUGAGUGAGUAAUUCUUACUGCCUUGCCAUUACUCAGACCUUCUGGUUCAUGUUUGGCCCAGCCUACUUUAGUAAUCUAGCAAUUCUCAUGUUUUAGAGGGGACCCAGGAAGGCCCCAGAAGGCCCCUUGAUAACCAGUGCUUAACCACUGGUUUUCCUGGCAGGAGGCUAAAGGCUGCACCAAUACCAGCUGUUGCUGGCUAGGCCAAGAAGUCAAGAGUUUCUUGGGCUCAAGAAAUGACUUGACCUUGACCACUGAGUUACAUAAGCUUCUGUGUUCUGAGUAUUAUUUCUGACCUCUACCCCUGUCUGCUCAGGUGUGAGAAGGAAGGAUGCAGAAAUUUAUGUGGGAAAAAUAUUGAAGAGCAUUAAUUACCUUCAUGAAUUAUGAAAUAUUCACCUUUCUGAAAUCCAUCAGGUUGAGUCAAAUUGAACACGUAAAAACUCAGUUUUCAAACCAUUUUAAAAACUUAAAUUACCAGGGCCAUGGAGAGCUCAAAGAGCUGAACAUGGGCGGGCCUGGGUCCCAUCCCCAGUGCUGCGUGGUCCCUGGAGCACUGCCAGGAGUGACCCUGGGGCACCAACCCAGGAGUUACCCCUGUGUGUUCCCCCACCCCUUCUUCCUCACCCCCCCCCCCCGCCCCCAAAGUCGUUACAACCUGUUCUUAGCCUCUGGAUACUAGGCUAGGUGUUGAUGCUACACAAACUUUCCUCAGUGAUGGAGAAACGUCCCUUUUAGUUUGCAGUGAUGAGGGUCGGAGUUCUGUCUCCUGUGGCAGAUUUCUAAUCUCCUUCCUUGGGUGUCAGCAGCAGUUUCUCCUUCAUUCUGUAACUCAUCCUGGGCUGGUGUGUGCAGUGGCUCUACAUUCCGUGUUCAGUGGCCUUCCUGGAUGUCAGGAGAGGGGAUGAGUGACUGGUUCCCAGAAUAAAGAAUAGAUAGGCGGUGAUGCUGAGUGAUUUCCAAGGUUACAUUUCCCCCAGGGCCAGCCUUGUCCACCGGCCUGUGUGUUUACAGUCCUGCACCGUGGGCAGGGAAACAGAAGUCAUUGUAGCCAAGCGGGCCAGCAUAGCCUGGCAGCCUCGGCUGUAGCGUCAGGCGCCCGGGCCUGUUGCACCUGUUGGUAUCAGUGAGCGGAGGGACAUAGUCUAGCUUCCUUAGGCCGGUGGCAUUCAUGGAACGCGAUCUGCACACAGAAACCCAUUGCUCUCUGUGCUGCUUAUACAUCCCAUCCCCUCCACCCCUCCCCUUCUGCAGGAAGUGGCCCCUGGUUCCGUGCCCCUGACCGAGAGAUGAGGCGCUGUUUGCCCUCCGUUCCCAGCCUGUUUCGCUCUUUCACGGAGCCCGUCUCUCACCUAGUUUAGUAAUUACUCUCAACUCACUUCAUGAUCUACCUCUCCAUUGUUCCUUACGUACAAUUUUCAGAUCCUUUAGAUUUGAAAAAAAAGAACCUGCUUUUCCCCGAAGAAUGACUGUGUUGAUUGCUUUUCACCCUCCUACUCCUCCACGUCCUGGCUUUCAAAUUCAGCCUCCACCUGACUAGGAGAGUCCAGGAAAAGCCUUCAAGGACCACUGAAUUGCUCGGUCCAGAGACCUUGUAUCUAUCUGUAAUCUUGUGUGCCCCCUCUGUGACCGUUGUGUUGGACAGUGUUGACCUUAUCCUCCCUGUUUUCUAAGAUCCCUCUCACUCUUGGAGAUGCUUCAUUCCUUUUCCUUCUUUGACCUGAAGGCCACUCUACAAAGUGUUUUCUUUCUUAGGUCUCAAAUUUUCAGGCUCAGCCUUGGGAAUCCUGGUGGGGAGACAGCUCUGAAGGAAAACAGGUUACUGGGCGCUACUCCGGAAGUGUUCAGUCCCUUUGAGUGAAGCCUGGAAAUCUGGCUUCCACCAGCCCCUUGGGGGCUCCUGCACAGAGAUAGUGCCUGGACCACCCCCGGAGGGGCCCCACCCUCACCCUUUUGGAUCCCCUCCAGCCUUGCUCUUCAGAGUGCACCCCUGGCACCCUCACACUCCCCAGACCCCCAUCCUGAGUCAGCUCCUGGUUCUUACCCCCUUGACUCCCUCUCUCAGAUGACCCCACCGCUACACGAAUCUCUCAGAAACGUGUUUCUACUCACCCCUUUUUCUGUUGUGUGAUCUUUAGUGGCCCUCUGCCCCAGAGUGCCCGCUUCAGGUUCCCUGAGCGUUGCGUCCAUGGCUGUCCACCUCCUCAGCCAGACUUGAUUGCCCACUUUGUAUAGCCGUACCCAGAUGCUCAGUGUAGCCAUACACAUUUCCUCACAGUUACCUCUGCUCUCUGCUAGAAGUGGCUUUUUCCCAAGUGACUUUUUCCCUCUUCAGAGACUCGGCCUUGAGUUCUCUCUCUACCUUUGCCCACUGCUUCUAACAAGAAGCAACCCCUUCCGUGUUCUCUGCCCCCUCUCCCCCCAACAGCACGUGUGUCUUGCUUAUGGCACUUGUCAUGUUGACUGGUGUCACUGAAGCUGGUUGUGUACUGUGUCUUAACCCCUUCUAGACUGUGAGCUCCUCGCGGGCAGGGACCGUCUGUGUUCACUCUUUGUGUUUCCUGUGGCACCUAGCACAGUGCCUUGCACUUAAUAGGUGCUCAAUAAACAUUUGCUCA